AUGCAUGUAGUAACAUCAUUACAAGUUGCCAUUCUGGAUAAUCGAAUGUAUGCAACGAGCAAUUACUCCUUGAUACUAUUUAAUCAGACUCGUCUUCAAUGUAUAUGCAACGCUUUCGCUGACAACUCAUCGUCCAUUGUGUUGUUGAACUUCUAUGCGAAUGCUAGUCGAUGUGAACUCUUUGAUCAUUAUCCGAUGGUAGCAUCGAUGCUGGUAGCUACGAAUAACUCGACUAUCAUUAUGCGCCCAUACAAUGUAUCAUCACAGACAGACAAUACUACAACCUGGUUGAAUAAUGCAACUAGUACAACAUCCACCACUUCAAUGACGAGCAGUACCACCAUACGCACGACCACUAGCACAACAUCAACGAUCAGCAUGACUACUCGUACUACCACAACUUCUUCAACAACGACUACGACAAAUCAAACGCCUACUCAACUGUGGAACGUAUCAAAUGACUAUGGUCUCGUCGUUGCAUACCAAAAUUAUUAUUUUUCAUGGACAGCAUUAACCACAAGAAAUGCCACCAUAGCCUUUCGAAUGCAAAACGCACCAAGCAGCUGGUGUUUAGAUGAUGUGUCUGUUACUUCAGGUGGUGUUGAAAAGCUUAUAAAUGGAGGAUUUGAGACGGGCAUUCUGUCGCCAUGGGUUCGAACAACACCCAACGGAAAUUGUAAUGGCAUAGCAGCCAGUACUUCGAAUACAAAUAAUUUUUUUGCGGGACUCAUACCAAGAACAGGCUCCUAUUAUAUAGUUGAUGGAAGCUCGAGUUGCGCCGAUCAAUUGCAACAAUCUUUUGGCGUCACAAUUGGCACUGUUUAUAACAUAUCUUUCUGGAUUAAAGCAGUGUUCAGCUUGAAUAGUGGACAACAGUAUGUCGGUGUCUCUGUUAUCUGA